CUUGAGGAGUGUCCUAAAAAUUCAACAAGUGCAACAAAUAAACAAAAAAAAAAAAACAAAAAUAAAAAAGAGAGUAAUCCGCCAAGUGAUUUGCGAUAGGGAAACGUCAAUGCAAUUCGUUGACUAUCUUUUAUCAGUAUACGGCGACGGGCCAUUCGCAAUACGGACGGAAAGCCAUAUCAAAUUAAUAUCAAAAUCAAAUAAAUAGAAACGAAACGCACACUCGCACACGCACAAGAAAUACAGAUAUACGCAUACUUGUGGAGUUUUUCUAUUUCGUUUAUGUGGGUUUUUUUUUUAUUGUUUCACUUGUUUCUUACUUCAAUGUUGUAAACUUGGCCUGGACCCCCGGAAGAGAGAUAGACAGGGAAUAUAAAAAUGAGCUGCUUCAGUGCAAUGAAUACGCCUCUGCUGGGCGAAAUGGAACAGACCAUUGGCAUGCUGGAGAGGGGUACAAUUGUAACAAAGUUAUAUGGAAAACAGCGUCGUCCGGAUCGUCGCCACCUAAUGCUUAUACGAGAGACACGCCAGCUGUUAUGGUCAACGGUGGCGGCCCAUACACCGCGAACGGAUUACGAGGGUGCCUUGCAAUUGCGAGAAAUCCGUGAGAUACGUGUGGGCAAGAAUUCUAAGGAGUUUCGUUUACAUGCCGACGAAUGCCAACGCUUUGAGCCGAGCAAAUGUUUUGUUAUACUUUAUGGCAAUCAUUUUAAGCUAAAGAGCUUUUCGGUGGUUGCCCUCUCGGAGGUGGAGGCCGACAAUUGGGUCCGUGGUCUCCGGUAUAUGGUUAAGGAUACAAUCAAUGCACCAUAUCCAUUGCAAAUUGAUCGUUGGCUACGUCGUGAAUACUAUCAAAUCGAGAAUGUCAAUGCAUCGCAUUCGUCCAAUAAGUCAUCGUCAUCAUCAUCAUCGACAACAGCCGCAGCGGAGCAUCAUUCCCAGACCCAGGUCACCAUUAAGGAUUUCAAAAUGUUCCUAAGCAGUGUCAGCUGUAAGAUGACCACUAGCAAAUUUAUGGAAUACUUUACGGAUGAUGUGCGACGCAAGCAUGAUUUGAAAUUCGAUGAUUUUUCACGUCUCUAUCAGCGUCUUUUGCUGCCCAUUAAUUUCGUAAAUUUACUGUGUCCCACGUCACAGUUAGGGCCAAAUCAAUUCGCCUAUUCCGAGGAUCAUCAGACAGUGCGUGCCCUUGAGUUUAAACGAUUUCUGGAUAUUGAACAGCGGUCAGGAAACGGCGGCGGCGGCGGCUCUGGCGGUGGCGGCUCUGGCGGUGGCGGCGAAUUGAGUUUCAUAUCGAAUUUCAUUCGAGAUUUUGUACAGGAUGUUGAACGUGAUGUUCAGGAACCGUAUCUAUCCAUAUCCGAAUUUGUUGACUAUUUAUUUUCGAAACAGAAUGAUUUAUGGGAUAGCAAAUACGAUGCGAUUACCAUGGAUAUGAGUCAGCCGCUUUCAUCCUAUUGGAUAGCCUCGUCGCACAAUACGUACCUUACGGGUGAUCAGUUCUCUAGUGAAUCCUCAUGCGAGGCCUAUGCCCGGGCAUUAAGGAUGGGCUGCCGUUGUAUUGAACUCGACUGUUGGAAUGGACCGGAUAAUUUACCCUAUAUAUUUCAUGGUCAUACCAUGACAUCAAAAAUUAAAUUCAUGGAUGUAAUCAAGACAAUUAAAGAUCAUGCCUUUACCACAUCGGAAUAUCCGGUUAUACUUUCUAUUGAACAGAAUUGUUCCCUGGAACAGCAGCGCAAUAUGGCACAGGCCCUGCUCGAGGUCUUUGGAGAUUUGUUGCUCACCCAGCCAUGUGACCGGAAUGAGGUGCAUUUACCAUCACCCCAUCAGCUGCGCCGUAAAAUAAUAUUGAAACAUAAGAAAUUGCCACAAUUCGAUGAGAAUUUCAGUGGUGUUAAUGUUGGAGGCGUUGGUGGUAUUACCAAUGGAACAUUGGGCCAUCGAUCCUCAUUGACUGGCGGACAGAAUGCCGAUCCAAGCAAUGAGAGCAACGACAAUGCAAUGCGCAAGGUGUUGAAGGAGGGUCUACUAUAUUUUAAGGAUCCAGUUGAUAAAUCCUGGAAUCUCUAUCAAUUCGUGUUGACCCAACAGGAAUUGAUCUAUUCAUCGGAAAUCAAUGAGAGUCGCAAUGGUAAUUCCGAAGAUGAUGAAUUUGGUCUCUCAACAUCAUCGUCAUGCAAUCAACUAAACACCCAGACACAAAUGCAGCAAAAGCAAAAGGACUCUUCAGCCAAUGAUGAGCUGCAUUUUGGUGAAAAUUGGUUUCACGGCAAAUUGGAAGGUGGACGACAGGAGGCAGAUCAAUUGCUGGAAACGUAUAAACAUCUGGGUGAUGGAACAUUUCUUGUCCGCGAAUCGGCCACAUUUGUGGGCGACUAUAGCCUCUCGUUUUGGCGUCGCAAUCGAGCCAAUCAUUGUCGCAUUAAAUUGAAACACGAGAAUGGCACAAUUAAAUAUUAUUUAGUUGAGAAUUUUGUUUUCGAUUCGUUAUAUUCAUUAAUUGUCUACUAUCGCAAAAAUAUGCUGCGUAGCUCUGAGUUUUCAAUUAUUCUCAAAGAACCAGUACCGCAGCCAAAGAAGCAUGAGAGCCAAGAUUGGUUUCAUCCGAAUACGACCAAAGAGCAGGCCGAACAGGGUCUUUUUAGGCUAGACAUUGGUUCGUUUUUGGUGCGACCAUCGGUACAGAGUAUGAAUGCUUUUGUUAUAUCGUUUACGAUUAAUCGAAAGAUAAAACAUUGUCGCAUCAUACAAGAGGGUCGUCUGUAUGCCAUCGAUACCAUGCAAUUUGAAUCGCUUGUAUCGCUCAUCCAUUACUAUAUGAGAAAUCCCCUCUAUCGCAAUGUAAAGCUUGUGCAUCCUGUUUCCCAGGAUUUGCUGCGUCAGACACUCCACGAUAAUGCCCAAUUGCAAGGGGCUGAACAUAGUAGUGGUGGUGAUAAUGGAGCCUCCAACUACAUGGGCUCCCAUCUGGAGGAAUAUGUAACCUGCAAGGCUCUGUAUAGCUAUAAGGCCGAUAAGCCAGAUGAAUUGUCAUUCCCUAAGCACGCAAUUAUCACGAAUGUACAAAGGAAUAACUCAAUGUGGUGGCGUGGUGACUACGGUGGCAUGAUACAGCAGCAUUUGCCAGCGAAUUACGUAAAGGUAAUUGAUUCGGCCACAGAGGAUUACAAUUCGGUUAAUGAGGAGGGAGGCGGUACUGAUGGACGCACCGAUUCGAUUGAAAUCUAUGGAGCUGUUGCCUCUCUAUUCGAAUCGAAUGAGCCGGGCAUUAUAAUUAAAUUGCAAAUCCAGACACCAACCACACAGAAUCCUUUUGUCAUCGGGUUUGAUAACCAAGAGACGGCCUAUGAGUGGAUUAAGGCCAUUCAGGAUGCAACUCUUAUAGCCACCCAGUUGGCCACCGAACGUCGGAAGAAAGAACGCACUGCUCGCGUUGCCAAGGAGAUGUCCGAUUUGAUUAUCUAUUUUCGCAGUGUUCCAUUCCGUGAUCAUUCAUGGAUAUUCCAGGAAAUGUCAAGUUUCCCCGAGACAAAAGCGGAAAAACAAUUCUUCCAGCAGAAUACCCAACUCUUUUUAUCCUAUCAUCGCAAUCAAAUAAGUCGAGUGUAUCCAAAGGGUCAGCGUUUGGAUUCAUCGAAUUUUAAUCCAGUACCAUUUUGGAAUAUUGGAUCUCAAAUGAUUGCAUUGAAUUAUCAAACUGGUGACAAAGCCAUGCAGCUAAAUCAGGCCAAAUUUCGUAAUAAUGGACAAUGUGGCUAUAUAUUGAAGCCAUCCUUUAUGAAAUUGGAUAGCUUUAAUCCCAACAAUUCGCAAUGUGAUGGGCUUAGUGAAGUAAAGAUUACAAUUCGUUUAAUUGCGGCACGGCAUCUAUUUCGCGGUGGCAAAUCGAACAAUCCACAAAUUGUUGUCGAAAUCUGUGGCGCCAGUUAUGACAGCGGCAUUAAAUAUCGUACCAAGGUCAAUGAAAAUGGCUUCAAUCCGGUAUGGAAUGAGUCCUGUGACUUUAAUAUACGCAAUCCUCAGUUUGCUUUGCUCCGUUUUGAAUUGCAAGACGAGGAUAUGUUUGCUGAGACACAUUUUAUUGCCCAGGCAUGCUAUCCGUUAACAUGUGUCCGCCAAGGAUAUCGCAGUGUAAUUUUGCGUAAUAAAUUUAGCGAAGAGUUGGAAUUGUCUUCGUUAUUAGUACAUAUAAAUAUUGCACAUAUCUCAUCGACUACAUAGAAAGCGCUAACAUCUCUUCCAUUUCAAAAACGAAAAAGUAUUGUAUUGACAAAAAAAAAUCUGACUGAGCGCAUUCCACAAAGUCAAGGGAAGAGAAAGGAAUAGGAAUAGAAAUAGUCAACGCCCAUUCUGGAAGACUUUAAACCCAAUUUUGCAUUUACAUAAACAUUUUACACGUUUCGUUUAAUGCACGUUCCUUUGUAUCUAUCCUUUAUAGACUAUAUAGACGGACAAAUUAUGGACGUGCAAUAAUUUCAUAAAAAAAAAAAAACAAAAACUAUUUACACAUCUUUAUAAUUACGUAUACGUAAUGUAGUUUCCACUCUCAUUUGCAAUUCGAUGUUUUGAAGUCGUUGAAAACGUUUUUUGUUUAGUCAAAUUUUUUGAUCUACAUUUUGUUUUAGAUAUUCUUUUUUAAAAUCGUUCGAAUCGCAGCUUCCUCGUAUAUGCAUAAAAUCAUAGCUAGAUCUUACUUGUGCAUUAUGAUUAGAGAUUAUAUAAGUUAUUGUCAUUUCUUUUCUUAUAAGUUUUCCUGUAUGUAUGUAUGUUUUGUUUGUAGUAUGUUGUAAUUGUUUUUUUUUUCUGUAUAAAUGUCUUAUUUUAUCGUGUUUAAUAUUUAGUCAGAAUAGUCACAUUCUGUUUUA